GCAAAUGUACCGGAUCUUCGUGAUAAAUAUGUACUGCCUUCAAAUUUCGACUACAGAGUAUGGUUCCCUAUGCAUAUGUUUGUACAAAUGGAGAAAAUGGAGGGAAAACUACGCUCUGUAGAUCUUAUUGUUGAGGUUCAUGAUGCAAGGAUCCCAGUCAGCGGCAGAAAUCCCAAGUUUUUCAAGCAGUUCUGCUCAGUGCGACCACAUAUAUUGGUCAUGAAUAAAAUGGACCUUAUUAAUAUGAAGAAAUACAAACAGCCGAUUGAGGACUACUAUCGCCAUGAAGAGGGCAUCACAGACAUUAUUUGGACAGAUUGUAAGAGGCGCAUAGGUCGGGCAUUAUCAAACGUUCAACAGGCUGUUCUUGACGUUCUCGUUCGAAAUCCGCGUUUCAAUCGUUUUGUGAAGACCGAGUAUCAAGUUAUGGUUGUUGGAAUACCUAACGUUGGAAAAUCUUCACUGAUUAAUUCAUUACGCUCCCAUAAUCUUGGGAACAAAAAAAGUGCUGUUGCGGAAGGCAACUUUUAUGCAGGCGCUCGGCCUGGUGUUACUGUUCGCGUCCAGAAUCGGGUGCGCGUUUUGGAUAAGCCACCGAUCUAUGUGCUUGACACGCCCGGCAUUUUUUCUCCAGCAACUAGAAAUAUUGACGAAGUAAUGAAGCUUUCACUAUGUAAUCUUAUACUUGAAAGCGCUACUGAACCUCGAUAUGUUGCCGACUAUCUUCUUUAUUGGUUGAAUCGAACUGGCGAUUACUCGUAUGUCAAGUAUCUUAAUAUUCCUGGUGAACCAACUGAUGAUAUCAACAAACUGCUAAUCAGAAUAUGUUAUGCUAAGGAUUGGCGAACACGUUGCUUAGUUGGGACAACCUACGAAGAACGCUGGGAUUUCGAUCGUGCGGUAGCGACGUUUAUAAAUUUGUUUCGCAAUGCAGUCAUUAAAGAUUGCUGUUUGGACAAAGACAUACUUCGGCCUUAUUUAUAA